AAAAUAACGCGAACAAUAAAAUUACACAGGUUAAUAUAUAGAUUCAUUUUAAUCAGUUAUGAAAGAGUUUAACUUCAAUCUGCACGAAUCCCUUCGUACUAAGAAUCUAAGCAAGCUCAAACGCUUAAUGGACUCUCAAAAGUUUAAAAGCUCUGGUGUCGAUGAGGGUAUCUACGUCAACUUGAUAACCUUUGAGUGGGAUAACAAUACGAUCGUGCGCUUCGCGAAGAUCGCCAGCGACGAUCAACUCGCUACUCUUAUCGGAACAGCGAUUCUGUACAAACGAUGUAUCCCAUUCAAGGAAGUGUUUGGGUACCUCAAAAAUGUACCCGCAACGAUCCAACGGCAUCAUCUCAAAGGUCUUUUUCUCAUUGCAUCGAAUAGUCUUGACAAGAACACUCUUGAGGCAAUGAUUUAUUAUGGAUGUUUUGACCCCAGCGAUUCGCGGCCCAUCGUUACGAUUUUUCGUCAAUUUAUCGAAAUGACGGAGGUCAAAGAAGAAGUGGUGCAGCUUAUACUACAAUCUCAUCCAGGCCAUACAGAGCCUGCAGAGUAUCUACGCGAUGAGUGCAUACCAUCAUGCAAGUCAGAAGAUGUGAAAGCUAUACUUUUGAAGCGAAUUAUUAAUUAUCUUACCGAGUGCAAAGGCAGUGCGCAUGCUAACUAA